AUGGAGGAGGACAUGCAUUAUCAGCACAUCAUGACAGCAUCUCAGCAGCGGCGUCCAUCACAACCGCCACCAUACGAAGACACCGGCCUCGCCAAGAUGCCAGAUGAAAGGGGAGGAGAGAGGGAAGGGGAGGGCAGGGACGAGGUUGAAGAGAAGGACUCGUUACCAGCCAAGAGCAGUUGGCUGAACCGUUUCAAGAGCAGAGGGAAGGAGUUGAAGAUGGCAAAGUCGAGCGAUGGUCUAGACGAUGAGACCAGCAGUGGACCCGGUAUCAUGGGCCGAAGUCUAAGUCACGAUGACUUGCCAAGCUAUUCAAGCUCUAUUGCUAUCGAAGGAGUAUUUCACAUGAAGCACGAGAUUGAAAAUACCACAAAAAGGGCAGAGGAUCGACAGUGGCACACCGUCUUUGUCGCCCUCAACGGAACCGCCCUCAGCAUCUACGGUACUAAGAAGGAUUGGAGCUGGGGCAAAUCACGCGAUGGCCCAUCCAUUUGUCCCGACAACCCGCCUUGGAUUAGAAAGGCAAAACUAGAAAAGACAUACAGUCUUUUGCAUGCUGAUGCUGGUAUUGCCGCCGAUUAUAAAAAGCGUCGUUAUGUUAUUCGAGUACGGGUUGAAACAGAUCAAUUUCUCUUGUCCUGUAUCGAACUGGGCACCUUUGUCAAGUGGCUCGAGUGCUUGUUUGCAGCUAUUGAUGUGGCAGCCCCUAUCGACGAACGAGAUUUCCCACGCGACAUGUCUAUCCCGCGAAUCCAGAGAAUCCGAUGGUACCGCAGCCACACUGGUGAAAUCUACCCAAGCACCCAGCCGGAAAUUCACCAAGAUCCACCUCCGGAGGCUGAAGGCCCCGUUACUCUUGACGCUCCUGACAAUGCUUCGGAGCGACAACCUCCAUCUGCUCAGCUGCCUACUCCGACGCCUGCCCCUUCACGAACCCACCCUACAGAGGAGACUCAGAGUAGCGAAGCUUUGGGACCCCACCUGAGAAUCGAUCCCAGGAAUGAUCCCUUCCAUCCCCUCAGCGUAACUUCAGAUCCAAAUCCAUCUAUAGACCCACACACGGGCAAAUGGUUCCCUGAACACCAGUGGACAUCUGCACACGAUCUGCUAUACGCCAAACUCUGCUACAGUAAUUUACUGUUUCGAAGCCCUCGCAAAUCAAACUACAUCAUUAGUAAAGGAAAGCAGUGGUUUGUCGAUUGGGGCACAGGUAGAAUGGUUCGCGUACUUCCGCCGGCCUAUGGCGAGGUAGACUUCUUUGGUCCUUGGCAAGUCAUUCAUACGGAAAACAGAAGGAUUUAACAAAUUCUUUGGGGUUGAACCAAGUCAAAACAAAUUCGGAAACGAGCAUUCCCAACGACAUUGGCCUGAUUCGAAGGAACAAGUUUGCCUCAGCACCAGGAUGCAUUUAUGCGGCCACACCAAUCCCAACAAUCCGACAUCAACAAUAACAGUCCUCCUCCAUAUUGAUAUGGACUAUCCUCUAUUCCACCUACAUAUUCCUGGGCAACAUCGGCUUGCCUUGUUUUCUCUUUUGUUUAUGCCUUGUUCAGUUAUACAGAUAGCCUGGUUGUAAAGGGCUAGAAAUCCCGCAUGGGAAUUUAGCACGGGGGGGAACGGGGGAGAAAGGCGCGAGCUCUAUCAUGAAGAGUUACUGGAAAAGGUGUUUUUGUGUUACGUGCAUACACGGGCGUCAGGAAUGAGCAUUUGCACAUUUAUUACCGGGCGGCAACAACAUCAUGGGCCGGAGUUUUGUUUUUAUUUUUAUUUUCAUUUGUAUUUGUUAUGCAUUUCAGGCAUGUAUAUUUCUGUCUAUGUUGCAUAUUGAGCGGCGGAGAAUGAAGAAGGGGUGCCGUGUGUUGGCAUAUUGGAUAUAGCCACAUACUAUCGCAUAUAUCGCUCGUCGUUGUAUAUACCGCAAUACAUUUGAUUCAUAUCUAGUA